AUGGUUGGCAGCUGGGCUGCCUCCUACGCUGCCCACAUUCUUGCGGCAACGCUGGUUGAGGAGAUUUUGGGCUACAACACGACCACAACCAUUGGCGCCGACGUGGCCAGCGGAAGCGUCGCCGGGUAUUAUGGUAUCGCGGGGUGCCGCACAUUCAACGACAUUGCGGAUCGUGGCUGCAUGAAAGGCGUGACCUACUACCAUGUCGGUUUGGAAACGUGGAUGGGAUACCCAACUGAUUGGGAUUACAUCCAGAACACCUACACCUCCAUGGUGCCAAAGAAUUUGGGCAGUAUGGGGUAUGCGGGUGUUAGCGGACAUUGGAUCCCCAACGAAGUCCAGAGUCACGCCUACUCAACGCAAGGCAAAGCGCUCGAAUUUUACCGUUCAUGGAAUGCGUCUUGGAAUCAGCCUUCCAACUUCUUCAGUUCGGUGCUAUCGAUCGACCGCUCCAAGAUGGCCCUGUGCAACGCGUCUGGCGGAGUCCUGGCAAAUGAUGCUAUAAUGCGUCGUCAUGUCCGCUGGACCGGUGACAUUGAUGGGGUUGUCAUCAACAAUGACACUGACACUCAGCUAUGCCAGCAGACCCCCACGGGGACGAAUUGGAAGUAUCGGGGGAAUUUGAGGGAAGCCUUCAGCAAGGGGGCGUUUGGUUGA